AUGUCAACAUAUGAAGAGGAACAUAAUAUAACCCCAACUCCAAAUCAAGAAAGAAAUAGAAAUCAUAAUACAUUAAGUGAAAUAAUAGAUUCAUUUGUACAUUCAAAUUCACAUACUAACCAUCACAAUCACAACCUAAGUCAUAAUCACAACAAUUCAGAAAAUAUAGCAUCAACAACAUCAAUUGAAUCAUUAACCGCUGCAUUAAAUCAAUUACGUACUUUAGAACAUUCAGAAUUAGCUAACUCAUUAAUCAAUAUAUUAGAAACAGAACCAAAACAAGAAGGAGUUACAUCUGAAUUUUUAGAUACCCUUGAAAGAAUUCCCAUUUCCAAGUUAUCAGAUGAUGAAUUUUGUCCCAUUUGUACAAAUAAAUUUAAAGAUGAUUCUUAUCCACUUGUGGUAAAAUUACCAUGUGGAUAUAAAAUUAAACAUUAUUUUGAUUUAGAAUGUAUAUCACCAUGGUUAAUUCAAAAUAGUACUUGUCCCAUUUGUAGAACUAAUGUAUUAGAAAUUGAAAAAAAUAGAAAAAAAUUAAUUGAAGAAGAAAUUCAAAGAGCUAAGGAAUUGGAUUCUGAAAGUGAUGAAGAAGAUGGUUGGGAUAUUUAUGGAUAA